AUGGCCGGCGGAGCAAAGAAACCAGUCAAUAUCUUCCGCCUCAAAGACCUCGGUGAGCCUAAGGAGGUCUUUAACUGGCGAUUAUGGUUUGCUGUCAUUUCAUUUGGACUGAUGGGCGCUGCCCGCGGUGUUGAUGAAGGUUUGAUCUCAGGCGCAUUCAACUCUAAAGACUUUCAACAUUACAUCAACUACGACUCGUACAGUGAAGUGGAACAGACCAAUAUUAAAGGAAAUGUUACUGCAAUGGUCCAAAUUGGCUCCGUUGGAGGUGCUCUUUUUGCAUUCUUAGUUUGUGAUCGCAUCGGUCGUAUCUGGGCAACUCGUCAACUUUGUGCUAUAUGGAUUGUCGGAAUUGCAAUUUUCAUGGGCAACGGGGGUAGCUUGGGUGCAGUCUAUGCUGGUCGCUUUAUUGCUGGACUCGGUGUGGGCCAGACAGUUGUCGUUGCUCCUGUAUAUCUUGCUGAAAUUGCCCCCGCAUCUAUUCGUGGUCUCUGUACUUGUGUCUUCACCGGCUUUGUCUAUUUGGGUAUUGUACUCGCAUAUUUUGCCAACUAUGGCUGCGAGCUCAAUCUCGGUGACACGACUCACAACCGAUGGCUCGUCCCCACCAGUCUGCACAUCAUGUUUGCCGGCAUAAUCUUCAUCCUCUCCUUCCUCCAAUACGAAUCACCCCGAUACCUAGUCAAGCGUGGCCAACUCGACAGGGCCAUCUCCAAUCUCGCCAGAAUUCGUGGCCUACCAACCGAUGACGAAUAUGUUGUACGCGAGAUCGCCGGUAUUCAAACGACACAUGAAGCUGAGAUGGAAGCCACAAUGGGAUCCGGCGCGAUCGGUGUGAUCAAAGAAACCUUCCUAGUCCCAUCAAACCUUUACCGGGUCUACCUCACAUUCAUGGCUCAGCUUCUCUCUCAGUGGUCCGGUGCCGGCAGUAUCACUGUCUACGCGCCAGACUUGUUCAAGUUGCUGGGAGUUACAGGCAAGAACGAGUCUCUGCUUGUCACUGCUGUGUUUGGAAUCGUUAAAUUGAUUGCCGCAGUUGUGUGUGCUCUUUUCUUGGUCGACGUCAUUGGACGCAAGCGAGCCCUUCUUCUUGGUAUCACUCUACAAGCACUCUCCAUGAUCUACAUCGCCGGCUUCUUGACCUCCGUUCCCGACAUGGGAGUCGUCGAUGGUUACACAGUACCAGAAGAUAAGAAGGGCGCUAGUGAGGGAGCUAUUGCAAUGAUCUAUGUUUCCGGAUUUGGAUGGGCUCUAGGCUGGAACUCGAUGCAGUAUCUUCUGACUGCAGAGUUAUUCCCUCUGCGCAUCCGUGCUCUUUGCACUUCUAUGGCUAUGACCCUCCACUUUGCCAACCAAUAUGGCAAUGCGCGCGCCGUCCCCAACAUGCUUCUCCCUGUGGCAAAAGGUGGAAUUGACCCCAAGGGUACUUUCUGGUGCUUUGCCGCCAUUACCAUUAUCGGUGGUGCCUGGGUCUGGUUCAGUAUCCCGGAGACGGCAGGUCGUUCCUUGGAGAGUAUGGAUCGUCUCUUUGCUUUGCCAUGGUACAAGAUUGGCCGGUAUGGUAAUAAGGAUGCCGAUGAGCGUGACCAGAUUGUAGAUGAGAAGAUGGAGAUGGCGGCGGAGUCGCAUGGAAUGUCUCAACAUGUUGAGAGGCAGGAUAAAGAGGGCCGGGUUUGA